AACAGAUAGCCGCACGGCAAGAUGGCGCUGCUCAUGGAGACCAGACUGCUGCUGAGAAAAGUUAAAGAUUUAAGAUGUCUAACGCAAAAACGUCACCGAGUGAAGGAAAAAUGGGCUGCCACACGGAUCAAGCACCCUGCCACCGGCCUGGCCCUGCAGAACUUCGAUUCCACCUACAGCGUCCAGCUGGGGCCGCUGUGGCUGUCCGUCCGAGCCGCCCUGCUGUCAGAGAGGAAAUACGGCGCCUUGCUCAAUAACUACGGCCAUGAUGAUGUUCAGGCAGAGCUCCAAGCCAAGGGAUGCAAAGAUUUCCCCAGUGACAUAGAAACAGAAGCUCAGCCAUGCUUGGAGCAAGAACCAGAAGUGGCCGGUGAGGAGGAAUCCAGUCGUGUUUCUGUGAAUAAAUCUGACCUUGAUGCUCAGCAGCUUCCUGCUCUGCAGCUCAGCCCCAACAUCAAGUGCUUAGUGUUUCCAAGAGGGGACAUCACACGAUUCAAGCCUGCUAGACCAGACAUGUUUGGGUGUUUGGGUUACUACCUGAUGGACGCAGCGUCUGUGCUGCCUUGUCUUGCACUGAACGUCCAGGAAGGUCACAAUGUGCUUGACCUCUGUGCUGCUCCAGGAGGAAAGACCCUGGCUUUACUUCAGACCAAGUCUAUAGGUUUUUUCGGCGUAAAUGACGCCUCCGUUUCUAGGACAACGAGACUGAGAAAAGUCCUUCACAGCUACGUUCCCAAGCCGCUUUUGUCAGACGAGAAACUACGCAUCACCACCUUUGAUGGGACCAAGUGGGGGGAGUUCGAAAAGAACACUUUUGACAGAGUCCUUGUUGAUGUCCCUUGCACCACAGACAGACAUUCACUCAUGGAGGACGACAACAAUAUAUUCAGUAAGAACCGGACGGGGGAGAGACGCAGGCUGCCGCAGCUACAGCUGGAUCUGCUGCUGGCGGGGAUUGAAGCAGCUUGUCCAGGAGGGGAGAUCCUCUACUCCACCUGCACACUUUCUCAAAUCCAGAACCUGAGUGUGGUGGAGCAGGCCAUCCACACGGCUCGAGAAGACCACGGCAUCCAGCUCCAGGUUGUUGAUCUGCGACCCCUGACACACAUGUUUAGGAAAACCUUUGACUUUGCCCCCGACCUCCCCCUGGGUGAGAUGGUGGUCCCGCAUUUAGCCGCUAACUUUGGCCCGAUCUACAUGUGCAAGCUGAGGAGGCUCACAUAGACUCUGGACUGAUGAGUUGCUUUGCACCAAAUCUUUGUGGACAUUUGAAUGAUUUGUUGAUGCUUUAUGGACUAAGCAGAGGAUCCCCCUGUGGACUGUGGAAGCACUGGACUACGGUUGGUCAAAUGUGACGGGACACACAAAGAAUCCGGGUGAAGGACCUCGACUGAGAGAUUAUUAUUGUGGACGGCAUGGAACUGCAGAAUUGUAUGGAGACACCAGUUACAUUCAUACAUUUUGUUUGCUUUGAACAUUCUUUUUAUUUAUUUUGAAGAAUAAGAAAAUAACCACACUUACCACGUUACCCAGUAGCAUAUGCAUUGAAUUAGCAUAAUUGAUCCAGAAAACCACACAUCCGGCCUCAAGAGCACAAACAUUUGUAACUAUUUUCCACAUGGACAAAACAAUCCCUCAGCCCAGUCAAUUAUGCCAGACUGCUUUUAUUCCCCAAAAUAUUUCUAAAAUGUUCUUACUUAAAGGUGAGUUUUCCGACUGAAACGGUAAUGUAUAAAAUAUAGGUAACGAUAUCAGAGACUUCCACUAUUGAGGAUAAUGAGAUUCAUCUGCAACAUUAUAAGAAAUUGAACAUUUCUUUGCAUACAUGCAUGAAAAUGGACUCUAGUUGUUUCAAUGUCACUAAACCUAUUAUCUUUACAUCAUGUCCUCUAGAAUAAAUGCAUUUUUUUUUAA